GAGACCGUGGUCACGUGAUAUCCGGUGCGAGACACCAGCCGAUACCAUGCUUUUAAUUUGAAAGAACAUCCCCGUGCCUCCUGGACGUCACUACAAGGACAGUUCAGGUGAAGCUCAGCCAGCGUCACGUUUACUGACAGAGAUUCUCGAGGUCCGACAAUGCGAAGUGCAUAUCUCCUCCUGAUACCCGCGCUGCUCCUCCUUCUGGUCUUUCCUGUCACAAGAGGGCGUUACAAUGAUGACUUUGACGAUGGCGAGGACAUAGUGGACUUCGAUGACAAUGACUUUGCUGAGUUUGAGGACAUGAAUGAGGAUCAGGCAGCUGAGGCCGAAACUGACCCUCCACCUCGAGUCUCACAGUCCUCACAGCCUGAUGAGGAUGAGGAUGAAGAUGAAGCCACCGUGGAACUCGAGGAUGGCCAGGAUGGCUUUGAGGACUCUGAGACACAGGAUCAAGACAAGUUUGACCACGAAGAGUUUGAGGGGAUUGGACCCAUGGAGAAGACUGGCCACUCCAUGAAGGACCCUCUUAUAAUCCACACAGUUCCUGCACAUCUGCAGAACAGCUGGGAGAGUUAUUACAUGGAGAUCCUGAUGGUUACUGGCCUGCUGGCCUACAUCAUGAACUAUAUCAUCGGCAAGAAUAAAAACAGCCGCCUCGCGCAGGCCUGGUUCAACUCACACAGAGAACUUCUAGAGAGCAACUUUGCACUAGUGGGUGAUGAUGGCACCAGUAAAGAAGCAGUGAGCACCGGGAAGCUGAAUCAGGAAAACGAACACAUCUACAACCUGUGGUGCUCUGGACGUGUUUGCUGUGAAGGCAUGCUGAUCCAACUCAAGUUUCUUAAGAGGCAGGACCUGCUCAAUGUUCUGGCCAGGAUGAUGAGGCCUGCCGGUGACCAAGUACAAAUCAAAGUGACUCUUAAUGAUGAGGACAUGGACACUUUUGUGUUUGCUGUGGGCACUAAGAAGGCAAUGGCAAAACAUCAGAAGGAGAUGCAGGACUUGAGUGAGUUCUGCGGUGACAAGCCCAAGUCUGGGGCCAAGUAUGGGCUCCCUGACUCCCUCACUAUUCUUAGUGAGAUGGGUGAGGUCACAGAUGGAGUGAUGGACAACAAGAUGGUGCACUACAUCACCAACAAUGCCGACAAGAUCGAGUCCAUCCAUUUCUCGGACCAAUUUUCUGGUCCAAAAGUUAUGCAAGAGGAGGGUCAGCCAUUGAAGCUGCCUGAGACCAAGAAGACGCUGUUGUUUACAUUUAAUGUGCCUGGUAUGGGCAACACCUCUCCCAAAGACAUGGACUCUCUGCUUCCUCUCAUGAACAUGGUGAUCUACAGCAUUGAUAAAGUCAAGAAACUCAGACUCAACAGGGAGGGCAAACAGAAAGCUGACAGGAACCGGGCCCGGGUGGAGGAGAACUUCCUGAAGCAGACUCACGCUCAGCGCCAAGAGGCAGCUCAGACCCGCCGGGAGGAGAAGAAGAGAGCUGAGAAGGAGAGAAUCAUGAAUGAGGAGGACCCUGAGAGACAACGUCGUCUGGAGGAAGCAGCCCAGCGACGUGACCAGAAGAAGAUUGAGAAGAAGCAGAUGAAGAUGAAGCAGAUCAAAGUAAAAGCCAUGUGAAAUGCCACCACAGGGUUUGAGAUACAAGCACACACGGAAGUAGUGCUCAGUUUUCUCCAGCUUCUCUCACCACAGCUCUGGCUCACGGUCGCUCCGGCUCCAAACAGAAAUCCUGUGCCUCUGGGUGUGUCAAGCUUUGCUGCUUGUGCCACCACCUGCUCCAUUUGGUGUGGCUAAAGCUUAAUGACUGAGAGGGACUUUUUUUCACCAUCAAAUCUGUCGCCACAAAUCAUGCCAGGAUAUUUCCUUUUUUUCCUUUUUUCUCUAAAACUAUCUUCUCAAAACUAAUCAAAGCUCUGUUUGAAAGCUGUGUAGCUCGAUGAGGUUUUUAAAAUAAUUUUUUUAUUAAAGUUUGUUUCUUGCAGGCUGUUUAUAUUGAAUAUCUGAGCAAACAUAAUAAAGUGCACUGGAGUCUGUUGGAA